AGGAGGAAGAACAGCGCCACCCUGUGUUGGCUGGUGGUCAAAAGUGGUACUGCAGUCUUAAAAACAGGUGAAACAGGUGAAGUUGUUGCUGCUAAACUAUUAAACUAUGAAGGGACAGAACUCUGAAAGAAGAAACUCUGAAGAUAAUUAAGAAGUAAACCAGUCCUACUUUAGCUGCUCACCAAAGAUGAGAAAGUUAACAUUAUAAAGUUUGAUUAAACUGGAGAGUUAGCUAGUUAAUGAGCUGGUUUCACAGUGUACCACCUCAUCUUCACCACAGAAAAGGAAAAUGAGAUUCAUCAUCAAAUAACAUCAGAGGCCCAGAGACUCCCAGCAUCCAACAGCAGAUGGAGGACUCUCUCAGACUGCCGGCAAGCCCAACUAAGUCUCCUCGCCCGACAGCACUGCAGCUUGUGGAGUAGUUUCCUCCAGAGUUUUCUCCCCACCUGUGCAGAAGGGGAAACACAGAAGUGAUACCUUUUUCCUGGUUAAUCCUCAUUUCUUCUUCAGCCUCGUCCUGUGCUGUCCAGGCUCUGAACUCUAUCUCCUCCCCCUUUUCUCUUUCACUGGUUCAGCUGUCACUCUGUCUGUCACUCUCAGGAUAUCCCCUUCCCUCUUCCUAGGGUUUCAUAAUGCAUCAGGACCUCAUUCAGAGGCAGGGGUGGAUUUCAUCCCACCGCUUUCUCCUUGUUUGAGAAUAUGGACCAGUAUUGAGUGGUGCUUCAGCAUGAGUCAACAGCCCGGGGUCAUGGAAAUAACGAAAGGUCACCGGCCUCACAGCGCCUCACACUUAACUUUUAUUAACUAGAUUUUGUAGCUGAGGCAGGUUUUUGGGAGCAGAUUUGUUUUGUAUUUUUUGGAUCUAUUGUAUUUAGAAUCAUGGGAAACGCAGCAGGAAGCAUGGAGGUACCCCAGGGGAAGGAGGGCAAGGCGGCGGCGGCGGCGGCGGCUCCUCCGGGCCCCACGGGCCCCCAGAAACCAACGGCGGGGCUGAAACUCCCAAUGCCACCUGAAGAAGAGCUGGAGCGACGCUUUGGUGCCGUGCUGAACACGAUGAAUCUUCCUCCAGACAAGGUGAAGAUCCUCAGUCAGUACGACAACGAGAAGAAGUGGGACCUGAUCUGUGACCAGGAGCGGUUUCAAGUGAAGAAUCCACCAUCUGCUUAUCUGGAGAAGCUGAAGAGUUAUCUGGAUCAUGGAGGAGUCAGUCGGAAGUUUAAGAGACGUGUCCAGGAAUCCACUCAGAUCCUGAGAGAGUUGGAGAUUUCUCUGAGGACCAAUUACAUCGGUUGGGCUCAGGAGUUCCUAAACGAGGAGAACCAAGGCUUAGAUGUUCUUGUGGACUAUCUGUCCUUUGCCCACAGUGCUGUCACGUAUGACGUGGACACUUUGGACAAUGGCACGCUGCCCACGGACAAAAGCAAAUCUGUGGACAAGUCAGUGGAAGAUCUGAGCAGAAGUGCCAGCAACUCACCUACUCACAGUGCCUCCAAGGCCAGCAAGGCCUUCACAGUCAGAUUCAACUCUCUCCAAAACAGGAAAGCCCUGAGGAGCUCUCGGGUCGUGAGCCAGACAGACGACGUUCAUCUCUGCAUCAUGUGUUUACGUGCCAUCAUGAACUAUCAGUCUGGGUUCAACCUGGUGAUGAAGCAUCCCUGCUGUGUCAACGAGAUCACGCUCAGCCUCAACAACAGAAACCCGAGGACCAAGGCGCUGGUGCUGGAGCUGCUGGCGGCCGUGUGUUUGGUGAGAGGAGGCCAUGACAUCAUCCUCUCCGCCUUCGACAACUUCAAAGAGGUGUGUGGAGAGAAGAGUCGGUUUGAGAAGCUCAUGGAGUAUUUCGGCCACGAGGAGAGCAACAUCGACUUCAUGGUGGCCUGUAUGCAGUUCAUCAACAUCGUGGUCCACUCAGUGGAAAACAUGAACUUCAGGGUCCACCUCCAGUACGAGUUCACCCGUCACGGGCUGGACGACUACCUCGAGAGGUUAAAGUUCACGGAGAGCGACCGACUGCUGGUGCAGAUUCAGGCCUAUCUGGACAACGUGUUCGAUGUGGGAGCUCUGCUGGAGGACGCAGAGACCAAGAACGCUCUGCUGGAGCACAUGGAGGAGCUGCAGGAGCACAACACACAGUUGAGCUCCAGGCUUGAGGAGAGUGAGAGGGAGGCCGUGGAGAAAGUGUCAGAAAUGGAGAAGAAGCUCAUUCAGACCACAAAAGAAGUGGAGCUCCUGAAGGAGAGUCUUCGUGAGUCCUGCUCCCAGGUGAGCCUCCUGCAGCAGCGAGAACGAGAGAGAGAGCUGGAACGUGAGCGGGAGAGAGAGAGAGAGCGAGACAAGGAUCGGUCCACCGAGGCCCUGAGGGAGCUGGAGGUCAAAGUUCAGGCUCUGGUGGAGCAGGGCCUGGUCCGGAUGGAGCGCUCCACCUCUGGACACCUGGACGUCCAGGUCGUCCCCGUCAUCCAGCAUGUGAUGGAGAAAGCAGCUAAAGAAGAAUCAGAUUCAGGUAAAGACCACAAGGCCUCCCCCCCUUCCUCAGACCCUCAACCUCCCGUCUCUGACAGUCCUCUGCAGUCGGCGACAGUACAAGCUCCUCCACCUCCACCUCCUCCUCCUCCUCCACCUCCACCUCCAGGCUCAACUGGAACUCCUCCUCCUCCUCCACCUCCACCACCACCAGCGGCUCCACCACCCCUGCUGCCUCCUGGAGGUGGUACGACCCAGCCAUCAGGGGAAGUGACUGAUGGGAGCUCAGGUUAUAAAAAGAGGAAGCCAAUUCAAACCAAAUACCGCCUGCCGCUGUUGAACUGGCAGGCCCUCAAAUCCAACCAGGUGGCAGGAACCAUCUUCAACGAGCUGGAUGACGAGCACGUCUUAGAGGAGCUCAACAUGGCGACUUUCGAGGAGCAGUUCAAGACGAAGGCCCAGUCCACCGCUGUAGAGCUGGGGACCCUCAAGAUGAAACUGGCCCACAAGACCCCCAGUAAAGUGUCUCUAAUGGAGCCCAACAGGGCCAAAAACCUGGCCAUCACGCUGCGCAAGGAAGGAAUGGCUGCAUCGGAUAUCUGCUGUGCGAUUGAGACGUACAACCAGAGAGCUCUGAGCCUGGACUUCCUGGAGCUCCUGGAGCGUUUCAUCCCCACCGAGUACGAAAUGAAGCUCAUCCACAACUACGAGUGUGAGGGCAGGCCCCUGGACGAGCUCAGCGAGGAGGACCGCUUCAUGGUGCGCUUCAGCAAGAUCCCGCGGCUUUCCCAGCGCAUCAGCACCCUCACCUUCCUGGGCAAUUUCCCCGAGAGCGUCCAGCUAAUACAGCCGCAACUGGACGCCAUCAUCGCCGCCUCGAUGUCGAUCAAAUCCUCCAGCAAGCUGAAGAAAAUCCUCGAGAUCAUUUUAGCGUUUGGAAACUACAUGAACAGCAGCAAGCGAGGGGCGGCGUACGGCUUCCGCCUGCAGAGUUUAGAUCUGCUGCUGGACACCAAAUCUACAGACCGAAAGCAGACGUUGCUGCACUUCAUCGUCAGCAUCAUCCAGGAGAAAUACCCCGAGGUCCGGUCCUUCUACGCUGAGCUGCACUUCCUGGACAAGGCGGCGCUGGUUUCUCUGGACAGCAUCCUGCAGGAUGUGCGUGCUCUGGAGAGAGGCAUGGAGGUGACCAGGAGGGAGUUCUCCGUAGAAAAAGACAAUCCUGUGCUGCAGACGUUCCUCAGCAGCAACGCGGAGCUGCUCCACUCGCUCAUAGCGGACGGAAAAACCGCCCAGGACGUGUACGACUCUGCUGUGGAGUACUUUGGAGAAAACUCUAAAACGAUUCCGCCCUCCGUGUUCUUCCCUGUCUUUGUCAGGUUCAUCAAAGCGUACAAGCAAGCGGACCGGGACAACGAGCAGAGGAAGAAACACGUCCUGAACUGUGAAGCUCCAUCAACUCCUCCUAAACCUGAAGUCAAUAAGGUCUGUGUGACGUCCAGAAUGCCACAGAUGGAUCUGAUAGCAGAGCUGAAGAAGAGACAGGUGUCUCCUCUGGUGAGGGAGGGGAAGGACGGAGCCAUCGAGGACAUCAUCACAGCUCUUAAGUCCGUCCCCUUCACGGCUCGCUCUGCCAAACGCUCCUCUCGUCUCUUCUGCGACUCCGUCUUCAGCGACGAGGUGACUUCUUUAAAUCCCUCGCUGCUCUGUUGUCUCUCUUCCACUCUGCCGACCGUGAAACUGUCACUGCACCUUUAACAUAUUCAACAUGUACAUCUGUAUGUUUUACAAGGAAAGCCCAUAUCUGUGUUGCUCUAAAAUUACUUUUUGUGAUAUAAUUUUUCUCAACAUAUCACUAUUUUAUUCUCUUAAUACUCCGUAAAUGGGUAAAUAGCAUUAAUCUGAAAUAUAUAUUGUACUAAAGUAUCCUUCAGGUUUGGGUUUACAUUUUUAUAUUAUACCAUGGUCUGGGUGAAUACUUGAUUCUUGAUUAUGGACAAUUACUAAGUAGUUCAACGUACGUAAUGUUAUUGACUGGGAAUUGUUUUUUGUUUAACAUACUGUACUGUCAAAUUAUAUUUAUUGUUUUUCAACCUCACGCAAUGUUCUAGACUAGAAGUUGUAGUUUUUGUUGCCUAAACCUAAAGAAACAUGUUUCAUUCAGUUUCACAUGUUAGAACGUGUUGCUUU